AGAGGAGAGAUGAGCAGCUGCCGAGUGUGCACCUCCUUUGAGAGCACCCACACCUGCUUCCAUGGAGUUCUGCUUGGCCCAACCAUGCCCCCAAGGGAAUCAUGAAGCUACUUCAUCAACCUUCAACACCUUCCAGCCAAUGAACCUGACCCAGGGGAGAUGCCAGAACUUGAGUUGUGGGAGCAGGCCCAGCAUGCAAGUUAUGAAGGAACAGGGGGUUCAGCUCAGCCCCAGAACUAACCACACGGUGGUCUCUGCCUCAGCCCCAGGAACUGCCUGGGUCCUAGGGAAUGCCGAUAGGGCAGAAGAGGUGCCUGGGAAAGGUGACCUGUCAUUGCAAGCUGAGACCAGAGCAUGGGUCCAGAAGACCCAGGCCCACUGGCUCUUGCUCAAGACUGCCCCUCUUUGGUUCCAUGGCUUCAUCACCAGAAGGGAAGCCGAGAGGCUGCUGCAGCCCCAGCCUCUAGGAUGCUAUCUGGUGCGCUUCAGCGAGAGUGCUGUGACCUUCGUGCUGUCCUACAGCCUGGUGGGGGAAGAAAUGGCAAGUCUGACUCAAAGUGGCCCCUCCAGGAGCCAGACCUGCUGCCGUCACUUCCUCCUCGCGCAGCUAGGGGAUGGGCGCCACGUGGUGCUAGGUGAAGACAGUGCCCAUGCGCAGCUUCAGGACCUGCUUGAACAUUACACAGAGUGCCCCCUCAGCCCCUACGGAGAGAUACUCACCCAACCCCUCGCUCGACAGACAGCUGAGCCUGCUGGACUUUCCCUAAGGGCUGAUUCAGACUCUGGAAGCAAAAGACAGGACCCAGACACCCAGCUCAGCCUGCUCCUCCAACAGGGCCAGGCCCAGGCCUCAGGACACACAGAGAAAACAUCCCAGGCAUCCAGACCCAGGCCGCCCAUCCCCGCCAAGCCUCAGCUUCCUCCUGAAGUCUAUACAAGUCCUGCUUCACGACUGCAUCAGGCCCCACCCAUUAACCCCAUCUACCAGGAGCCUGAUGAACCCAUAGCCUUCUAUGCCAUGGGGCGGGGCAGCCCUGGGGACGCUCCUAGUAAUAUCUAUGCUGAGGUGGAAGGGCCAUCGGGAACGGCGCCCAUUGGACACCCCAUCCUCCGAAAGUGCUGGUCCAGGCCUAUCUCAAGAGGCCAGGUAAGGGAGGUACAGGGAAAGAUAAGCUCAAGGAGUCGAGCAGAAAGAGGGAGCCCCUCCUGAAUAUCGGGCAAGGUGAAGGUCAGCAGGCUGAAGCGAGAUGGAGUGUUCCACGCUGCCGAAAACCUUUGCCCAGCUCCAGGCCUAAGGCUCUUCCUGGACAUUCACGUGGACUCAGCUUUGUCAAGCCCUACCUGCCCCUACUUCAGGUUUCCUUCAACCACUCUCCAUCCCAGGCUGCCUCUCAUUGGUCAGGCCUUCCUCACACACAUGUGACACUGACCCAGCUCCCUGGAGAGCGUCACUGCCAGUGGGCUCAGAGGAGGAGGCUGCCACACUGUGUGCUCACCCUCACAGUUUCCCCACAGAGUUUCAGUCAUGUCUGAAUGUGGUAUUACUAUUAAAGGAGUCAGACUCUUUCCCUUGUACCUGCGUCAGGUCCUACUUCAGGCUUCCUCUCUGCUGCCACCAAAGGUCCCUGCUUGGCCCUCACCAGCCCAGCUCACCUGUACCCUACCAGCCUUCUUAACCCUGGGUCCAUCCAGGCUCUGCCAGGGUUCCAAAGCCACUCCAACAUCAAUUGAACCAACCUCACUCGCACCCUGUGUGGGCGCGCGCAUGAGCGCGCGCGCGCACACACACACACACACAUGCACCACGCACAGUGUCCUGUGUUCCACACCCUGAUUGAUUAACCCCCAGCACCCAGCUAUCCAGCCAGAAAUGUGGGGUCCCUAAACAUCUCCAUCCCCUUUGCUUCAGUCUCUGUCUGUCAAUAAUGUCAGUUGCCUCUACCUCCCAAGUUCUGGAAUUACCACUGUGUGCUCCUACAGUAUGUGGGAUCAAACUUGGGGCUUGGUACGUGCUAGACAAGCACUCUAUGUCUGAGCCACACCAUGAUUUCACUGAGUGGCUUAACUGCCUUCCUAGUACCAGGCUUGUCAGCUCUGACCUGUUCUUCCCCGAGGAAGCCAAAAUGGGCUCUGUGAGUCAGCUGCCUGGUCCUCCAGCUCUUCCAUACUGAGGCGAGGUCCCACUUCGUCAGCCCCACUUCAAGCACCCACACCAUAUUUCUCCAAACUCACCAAAGGCUACCAAGUCAGUCCUGCCCACAGCAAUCCCUACAAGACCGCCCUCCUGCUGCCUGGCAACCCUUAACCCCACUCAAGACCACAAGCCCUUCCCCUUGCAAAGCCUUCCCUGGCCUGACCUCCCAACACACCCUUGCCAGGCCCCUGCUCAGCCCAGACUCCCAUUGCUCUUUUUUUCUUCUAUCUCCCCUUCCUGCAGAGCCUGAUUCACUAGAGGCAGCCCUGGGGGAUGCUCAGCUAUCUCUAAAGUACUGGCCCAGUGCUUGGCAUGAAGCAACUGCCUCAGGGAGGGAGGGGGAAGGGAGAAGAGGAGAGGCAGAGGGAUGGACGGGAACCUAAAUCCCCUCUGGAGGCCAAAGGGUUAAGACCAUAUACCUUCUCCUAGAGACUGUAGCUCUGCCAAAGAGGCAGAGGGUAUGACCCAGAGCUGUCCUUCUGUCUGCAGAGGACAGAUGGUCCAGAGCUGCAUUCUGAGGACUGUGUGGCAGAGUAAGACCCUGUCCUUCAUCAUGAGCCCCCCUGGCCCUAGAGGCUUGCCCUUUCUAGACAGAGAGCACUCAUGGCUCCCCAUCAGGCCUUAUUAGGGGUAAGUCUGAUCUGGGAGGGUAGCUUGGGGCAUUUUGUGUCCUGAGACCUUCACAGACCCCUGGGUCCUCUCUUAGGGAAGGCAGGUGGGAUAGACUACAGGUGAGCAGAGCUUCAUCUGCUACACGGAUGGCGAGGAGGUGUCACCCCGCGUGCCAGCUCCAAUCCAUUGGUCUCGGCUGCCUGGCAUGCAGCAUUGGAAGGAUAUUAAGGUCAGAUCUAAGCUCAGCAGAAAGGAGCAGGUGACGGAUGAGUGGCGUCUGCUGUGGGUGCGGGAAGGGUGAGCAGCGUUUCUUUCUCUCCUAUCAAUUAAGUCCAGUCCUCUCAUUAUGCAAAUCAAGAAACAAGCCAGAGAAGGAGAAAGCCUGGGCCAAGGUCAAGGAUUGAAACCCCUCUCAGCAUUCCCCAUCCGUCCUCUGAAUCCUCACUUCUCCACAAGGGACAGAGAGAUUUCCUCAGCUAAGAAGCUGGUUGCUCUCCAGAGUUCUGCACUGGGACCUCCCUGCACUCCACCUUUCCCUGUCCCCUUAACAAGUCUGCCUUCCUUGCUCCAAAGCAGCCUGGAAGUCAGAGGACCAAAUGUGGGAUCUGUGCUUCCUCAUAGCAACACACACACCACACACACACACACACACACACACACACACACACACACACACACACACAUGCAUGCAUACACACACACACAUACACACACGAAUACACACACAUGCUUGCAUACACACACACAUGCACAUACACACAUACAUGCAUACACACACAUAAACACAUACACACACACAUGCAUACUUGCAUACACACACACACACAGACACUCACACUGCUCCCUUCUGAAAGUCACCAGGAACCAAGGCAAGGAACUGUAUGUACUAGGGAAGCCAUCCUGCCUCCUGUGCCCUGGUUUUUCCUCCUGAAGAAACUGGACUUUAGGAAGCCUUGGCACUCUGAGCCUUCGCAUCUGGGCCCCGAUCCAAUGGCUGCUGUUGUCUGAGAAAUGUUUUGGUGAGAACAGAUGUUAGGAUUUGUUUGUUGGUCCUUGUCUGGCUAAUAAAUCAUUAGCAACAAUCUCCCUCCUCGGGAAUCUCUGUCCUUCCAGCUCCUCCCCAGCCCUUUUCUCUCUCCCACUGUCGCUCAUAGGGGUCUAGAGGUUCAAAGACACUUAGGCAAAGUUAUUGAUCUUUUGGCUGAAAGUUAAAAACCAUGAGGACAAGGACACGGACUCCCUUUGCCAAGUGCUUCUCCCUUAGCUGGGGUAGGCUGGGUGGGCAGCCCGGGCACAGGAGUGGGUGCCUAUAGAGAUGGGCAACUCAGGACUUGGGAGAAGGGUGCCUUAGCAAUCUGUGAGCCCUCAGAGGAGGCAGCUUAAGUCCUUACCUCACUCAGGAGCCCAUCCCCCUCCCUGCCCCAUUCUAUGGGCCUUUCUCCCUUCUCUGCCCAGACUCACUUCAGGACUGGCUUCCUGCCCUAGAGCUAAACUCCUCUAGAGUCCUAGCCCGGGAGCAGUCUGUGCUAGGUCCCACUUUCAUCUCACUGGAGGUUUUCUGAGGCUGGCCAUGCAUGGCCCUACUGGCUCCAGAGUCACCCGAGUCUCUGGAGGUAGCCUUUGCCACUGUUUCUCUCUCUGUGUAGCUCCCCACACAGCUGUUACCCCGAUUUACUACAGCUCAUUUAAGGUAACAUGUGCUUUUUGUGUCCUGUCUCAAAAACAAAAAAACAAAACAAACGAAAAUAAUGGACUGGCCCUCUGAACCUGUAAGUCAGCCCCAAUAAAAUGUUGUCUUUGUAAGA